CAAAAAGCAAACACCGCUCCGAUUACGUGUGAUAAAGGUGAAACGGGAAAAAAAAAAACGAUACGAAGAUUAGAGGCUAGUGAAGGGGGCGAGGGUGAAUUGUAUGAAGCCAAAUAGAUUUAUGGAUGGAUUCGUGUUAGAAUUCUCAAAAGAUUUCAUACAAACGAAUCCAGAUCCUGCGUUCCGCCUUCACCCAGUCUCUUCCAUCACCUUCUUAUAACCACCGCUUGUAAACCGACACCACUCCAUCUUGGUCUCCUACUCUCUCGCUCUCUAAAAAUCCAAAAGCCUCGACGCUCCUCGAUAUUGUUCUGUUUCUCUCGCUAUCUACUGGAAGGUUGAGGGGAUUGGGGAUAUGAACUGGGGGAAAGAGGGGAAAGGGACGGAUCUGGUGCUCCUCCGCCGCCGCCGCCGCCGGAAGUAGGGAGAGGGAGGAGGCCAUGAAGGAAAGGAGGAGAAGGGAAGAGGCGGCGUGGAGGGGUCCAUCCCGGGCGCUGCCCCCGUCCAGCGCCUCCUUCUCGUUUGCCCUCUUCGUUUUCCUCCGCUUCGCCCUCUUCGCCGCCGUCGCCUUCUCCACCUUCCGCCUUUUUGGAGUCUCAUUCCGCCCGGUGCUGAUCUCCACGUGGCCGUCCCCCGCCAUGAACGCCGUCUCCGGCGAGCUCCCUCUUCCCCGGCGAGACCCCGCUGCCACCCUCCCUUCCCUCCAGAUCCAAGAAGCCAUCUCCUUCCCCGACCAAGUCCUCCUCUUCCUCAAAUCCCCCUCCUCGCUCCCCAUUUCCGACCUCCUCUGCCUCUACUACCCUUCCUCCCCCGCCGGCGGCGGCGGCCGCCCCGACCUCCGCCUCCCCCCAAUCUCUUCAUCCUCUCCCGAUCCCCUCCUCGUCCGCUGCCCCCUCGCCCCCGGCGGCUUCUCCAUCUCCCUCUCCACCUCCCUCGACCUCCCUCCCGUCCGCCCGCGCCCCUGGGACCACCUCGCCUACGCCGCCGUCUUCGAUCCCCGAGACAAUUCCACCAUUGUCUUCGCCAAAGGCCUCAACCUCCGCCCCGCCCGCCUCUCUGACCCCUCCCGCUAUGAGUGUAUCUUUGGGUGGAACUUCUUCAAGCCCAGGUACCUCCUCACCUCCGCCGCCCUCUCCGCCGCUCAGGAGAUAAUUCGCUGCAAGACCCCGCUCAGCGUCGUCCUCCGCCUCCGCCACCGCCGCCGAUCCAACCAUGACCCCCCAUUGGUCUCUGUCAAGUCCAAGGGCCGUGGCAGCAUCACCCUCCCCUCGGUCGCCCGCCCCGAUACCAUCUUGUCCCGCCGACGCCGGAGAAAGAAGGAGCUUUCUAUGUGUGUGUGCACAAUGGUCCGGAACCAAGCUCGAUUCCUCCGAGAAUGGAUCGUUUACCACUCACGAAUUGGGGUUCAGAGGUGGUUCAUCUAUGACAACAACAGCGAUGACGGCAUCGAGCAGGUGAUUGAAUCAAUGGCAUCCUCUUCGAAUUACAAUGUGACGCGCCACCCAUGGCCCUGGAUCAAGACACAGGAGGCAGGAUUCGCGCAUUGCGCACUCCGUGCCCGUGAUCAUUGUGAAUGGGUUGGAUUCAUCGAUGUUGAUGAAUUCUUGCACCUUCCGACCGAUGUCAUGCUGCAUGAUGUGCUCCGGAAUUACUCACGCAAGCCACGGGUCGGGGAGCUACGGACUGCUUGCCAUAGCUUUGGACCUUCAGGGAGGAAGACGAUACCGCAGGAGGGUGUAAUUGUGGGGUACACUUGCAGGAUGAACACCCCUGAGCGGCAUAAGUCAAUUGUUCGUCCGGAGGCACUGAAUCCUUCUUUGAUCAAUGUUGUGCAUCAUUUCCAUUUGAAAGAUGGGAUGAGGUAUGUGAACAUGGAUAGGGGAGUCAUGGUGAUCAACCACUACAAGUAUCAGGCAUGGGAGGUGUUCAAGGAGAAGUUCUACAGGAGGGUGGCGACCUAUGUCGCCGAUUGGCAGGAUGAGGAGAAUGUUGGUUCCAAGGACCGGGCACCUGGAUUGGGGACAAAGGCUGUGGAGCCUUCGGAUUGGCCGAGCCGGUUUUGCGAGGUUGAUGACACUGGGCUUAGGGAUUGGGUGUUGAGGGCUUUUGGUGAUCCCAACACUGGCGUUCUUCCAUGGUAGCCGGGAGAGGAGCUGUAUUUGGUUCGAUUCGAUUCAUCACAUCAGUGCAGAGAAUGUAGAAUUCGAAAAGAAACACGAGAGAGCAGAGGACUUGGGUAAAUUGUUGAAGAUUGAUUACUUUUAAUUCUUUUUCUUUUUCUUUUUGGUGUCAUUUAUGUUUCUCUUAUUUCACAACUUCUGUAACUAUAGAUGAGAGGCAAAUCAUUCUUUUGUAGAUAGAGACAUGAUACAGUCCCUUAUAACAUUGGAGUUGGAAGGGAUUGACUGAUGGAGGACUUGGGUUUUGUUAUUUCUUUUCACUAGUUUUGAUCAUAUCUUUUCUCUGUUUUUGUUA